GUACUUUGCUGCCCAGAUUGCCAUCUGAACCCGGGAUGACAUUACUCACCAUCAACAUAGAGAAAAUUGGUCUGAAAGAUGCUGGGCAGUGCAUUGAUCCUUACAUCACAGUCAGUGUAAAGGAUUUGAAUGGGAUAGAUCUGACUCCUGUGCAAGAUACUCCUGUGGCUCUGAGGAAAGAGGACACAUAUGUCCAUUUUAAUGUGGACAUUGAGAUCCAGAAACACGUGGAAAAACUAACAAAAGGUGCAGCUAUUUUCUUUGAAUUCAAACACUACAAGCCUAAGAAGAGGUUUACUAGCACCAAGUGCUUUGCUUUCAUGGAGAUGGAUGAAAUUAAACCUGGGGCAAUUGUUAUAGAACUGUACAAAAAACCCACUGACUUUAAGAGGAAGAAAUUGCAACUGUUGACCAAGAAACCACUUUACCUACACCUCCAUCAAACACUGCACAAGGAAUGACCUUAUUUGAGAGGCUUCUGCGAGCCGCCCCGCAAGGCACGGGAGCUGUGUCGUAGCCUCAGGCCCCGAGGGGCAGGGACCCGAGCGUAUUCAUGGCCGUGGGUCACGUGGGAGCGCCUCAGUGCGCAGCGGCGCCCGAGGCCAGCCCGCCAUCCACGUGCACCAUUUCCUUCUAGAACCUUCCGGAUACAGUUCUUUUUUUCUGAGAGCCCUGAGACGUUUUGACUGCUUUUCCUAAUUUUGCAGUUUGUUUGUUUGUUUUGUGUUGUUUUGUUUUUUUAACCUUAGCCAUUAUUCUCCUUCGCCUUGACCUCCAGUGACGGUCGGGGCCUGCCCUUUUGCCAGACCUGUAGCAAUGAAGAUGCGUCAGGCCUGCUCUCYUGGUCGUCACCUUGCUCUGCUCUUGUAGCUCCUCUCAUCUGCACGUCAGCGUCCUCGGAGAAGGGCUGGCUGGCAGAAAACAGGGAAAGGACAAGGUGGGCUGGGAARGAGCUCGUGGUGUCGCGAGGGACGUAGGAGGAGGGCAGGGAGGAUGCGGGGUCAAGGCUGGGGGACGAGCUGAGCCCGUCUGUCCGCUGCUCUUCCUCGCGCUGGUGAGGAGGAGGAGGAGAUGACUGCAGAUGAGGAGACCAAGCUGUGGUCUUAACAGCUACAUCUCAGCUCUUAGGCUUGCCCAGUCCGCUCUUAACAAGUGUCACAAAAAGUACCUAUUACAAAACCUUUAAAUCUCAGUUACUCCCAGGUAGAGUUGUUUGGAUUUGGUUUUUAUUUUGCUUUUUUUUUUUUAAUUACUUUUUCUUUUUUUUUCCUAUAGCUUGUCACAGAACAAGCUGCAAAGAUGGUUGGAGGGAGAAGAGAGGCUUCCUUGAGAGCCCUGUGCUCAUCAUCAUAGGGAAUUUUACCCUUCUGAUGACAGCGGGAGCAGCCCCUUAGUGUUCACCAGUGUCAAUUUUCCAGAGCUUUUAACAGCAUAGAUCUGGCUAGCAGGUUGACUCAUAUUUUACAUGAAACUGCUGUUUUUAAUGGAAACUGAUUGUAUGCAGGUUUCUGCAUAUUUUGUGCAAGUCUGGAAACUUACUCUAAAAUUACCUUUUUAUGUAAGUAGAUAGUAUUAUCCUCUAUUUUCUAUAUUAUUGAUUCAGUGUGUAAUAGGCUGCAGGACAUUGGCUUAUUAUAACACAAUUUCCCUCACUUUUUGACCUAAUAAAGGGACAGAAGUAGAACCCAGUCAAAUCUUUCAUGUAUUUGAGUGGAUAUUUAAUACAGUACUUUAAAGUUUGAUAUAAUUCUUGCAUAUCUAUCUAGUGCCUAAAUAUUCUGCUACGCUAACAAAAUUCACAGCACCCAAAACAGUAUCAAAUGUUAGGGGUUUUUCAUAAACAAUCUGGGUUAAGAUGCCUUACUAAGUUAUCCUCWCUGUCAUGUAACAUCAGGAUGUUGCAGAAUGCUUUAAUAAAAAGGAUGUUACUUCUUGUGCCCUGUUCAGCAGGAGGUGCUCAGAGCUCUUCUUGUUCUAGCAUAUUGAUUAGGAUAAAACGCUGUUCCUGAAUCUCCUUAUUCUUCUUCCUCUGUUCUGGCAUAACUGAGGACAUGGACUUUCCUUACUGAAUGCAGUUAUUUAAUUAUUGUGACAAAAAAAAAAAAAAAAAANAAAAAAAAAUUAACAAUUAGGUGAAUUCCAGGAAUGGUUGAAAGAAAAAAAUGCAGAAAUACGAUUUUAUUUUCCUGUUAACAGGUCGUGAAAGAUGCCCCCUCCAGGGGUAUUAUAUCCGAUACAUCAGAUUAUCCAUCCCAACCAUCUCCUCAUGAGUUAUGGAAAUAGCUCUGAUUCCGGCAUGCCAGAUACCAUGUGCAGGAAGGUGCAUGCAAAAAAAAAAUCCAGCCAACUUCUGGAUAAAUCUGGGUGGAGCAAAGCAUUAGUUUAACUUCUGUGUUUGUGAGCAAAUGCCAGUUUGGUCACUCGCURUUUGAUUUGCCGAUGGCCCCUGGUGGCUCAGGCCUCUUUCUACCCGCAGGUGGGUGGCUCCAGGCCGUGCGGCGCCUUGCUCUGCCCGUGACUCUGCUCUGCCACCCCGUGUUUCUCUUAGCGUCACUUACUGCCCAGGAAAGCACUGAGCUCGGUCGUGCUCRUGACCAAGCGCCUUGGGUCAGAGCCACCUGCAGCAAGCGAGGAAAGAGGCAUCAAAUAAUGUCAGACUUCAGGGUGGGGAAGCAAAGAUGCUGAACUAGGAGACUCUGACUCACAGGCUGCAUUCGGUGUGUUCGCAACCAGCCCCUGUUCAAGUUGAGCAUUUUCACUUGAAUUACAACCCCUCUGUUUCAGCUCCUGACCAUGACUCUUCCCUAGCUUGUAGACAUCUGUGUUAAUGCCAUUAUAGGCCACGUCAACUUUGAAGUAUUUUUGUUAAAUACACAAGUAGAGCUUUGUAUUUAACGAAUUGUGAAUUAAUGUUUGUAGAGUGUGAAAUACCAUUUUUAAAGUUGCUUCUCUCCUUCGCAUUUUUUUUUUCUGUAAAAUGGUCUUCAUGGAAAGGACUACUACUCCACCACCCACAAGCUCCAUGUAUUGUUUUAUGCUUUAGU